GUGGUCAACAAUCGGUCCACUUUAACGUCGGUGGACGAGUAGGAUUUUCCGGGGAGUGGGCCAGCAGCCACGGCGAAAGUGGCGGUAUAUAUGCCAGUGAUUGGUCCGAUGUAGCCUCAGUGUGCACCUUCGAACGAUACCAUGAGCACUCCGCAGAAGCUCAUAAUACUCGCCCUAGUGGCGACAGCCCUGGCCGGCGAUGCCAAGGAGACGAACACGAAGCCGGCCGUAGCCGAGACGAAGGAAAAGAGUAAGCGAGGAUUGGAGCUGAGUCUUGGGGGUGGCGGAGGGCUGGAGAGUUACGGCGGGGGCCUGGAACACGGUUACGGCGGAGGUUUGAGCCACGGCGGAGGUUUGAGCCUCGGCGGAGGCCUCGGCGGAGGCCUUGGCGGAGGUCUAGGUGGAGGAUUCGGCGGCGGAGGUGGAGGUGGAGGCGACGGAGGCCGCAUAACGGGCAUCACGAUCCACAGAGAGAACCAAGUCCGUGUGCCCCAACCGUACCCGGUCGAGAAAAACGUACCUGUACCGUAUCCAGUCCCGGUUAAAAUUCCCGUGGAGCGGCCAGUCCCGGUGCACAUACCGAAACCGUACCCAGUCCCUGUAGAGAAGACGGUCCCAGUUCCAGUGGAGAAACCGGUCCCGGUGCCGUACACCGUGCCCGUCAAAGUGCCCGUCAAGGUGCCUUACCCGGUCAGCGUGCCAGUAAAGGUCCCAGUCGCGAUCGAGAAGGAGGUCCCUUACCCAGUCAAGGUCCCUGUCGUUGUCAAGGAGUCAUAUCCAGUUCUGAUUAGCGGUGGCGGCGGCGGCGGUGGUGGUUUAGGAGGUGGUUUCGGAGGCGGACACGGGGGUGGAUUCGGAGGUGGUCACGGGGGUGGAUUCGGAGGUGGACACGAAUUGUCACUCGGGUUACAUCAUUGAUAUGGAUGAACGUCGCCGAUUUGUGCGGUUGUUCGUCCACACUUUUAUAUUUGUAUAUAUAACGAUUAUAUUUUUUUAUGGAAAAUAAAUAUUAAAUUAUUAAACGGUG